GCGAAGCUGCAAGCGCUCCGGCUGGCCCGUGCGACGUCGCCGCCCCGGGCGGGCGAGUUCGUGGUGGCCGUGGGGAGCCCCUUCAAGCUGCAGAACUCUGUGACCACCGGCGUGGUGAGCUCGGCGCAGCGAGGGGGUCGCGACCUCGGCCUGCCCCACCUCGACGUCGACUACGUGCAGACGGACGCCACCAUCAACUACGGCAACUCUGGAGGGCCUCUCGUGAACCUGGAUGGAGAGGUCAUCGGCAUCAACACCCUCAAGGUCACCGCGGGGAUCUCCUUCGCGAUAGCCGCGGACCGCAUUCGACGCUUCCUGAAAGAGACUCACGAACGGCAAAUCCACGACCACAAUGAGCCCAGCAAGUUCUACAUCGGCAUCCGAAUGUCAACGCUGACGCCUCAUCUUCUGAGUGAGCUGAGCCGCUACACAAAGUUCCCAGGGACUCUGUCCGGAGUUUACAUCAACGCCGUGAUUCCAGACACCCCAGCAUCUGCGGCUGGCCUGCAGGCCGGGGAUAUCAUCGUGGCAAUCAACGGCGAGGUGAUGACCGGCACGGCCGCAGUACAGCGAGCUGUGCGCAGCGCUGGUGGUGGUGGUGGUGGCGGUGGUGGUGGUGGUGGUGGUGGAGGUGGUGGUGGUGGAGCGGCGCUCGUCGUGAUGGUCCAGCGAGGAGGACAGCUGAUGAAGGCUCUCGUGGUGCCAGCUCGCGUCGGAUAGGGG